ACUGUACUUUCCUAGCGUUAUUCACCAAAAAGAAACGAAACUCUUUCACUUCGAACAGAAACUCCACCGUAUCGGCGACGCCAGAGCCAAAUCUACGACGCUCUGCAACCUAAAACGACGCAGCUUCAUCUACUCCAGGUUUUACUAUAUAGAGAGGGAAUUUAUUUAAUUGAGUAUGGGAGAUAGUGAGAUGGUAGUGGCUGAAACAUCUACAGUCACAGAAUACACGUCAGCUGUAUAUACUACUACAACUGCUUACGGUAGUGAUACUGGUGCGAACGUUGUUUCUGAUUCUACUGUUUAUUCCACUGAGGGUACUGCAGCCUUUGCUGCUUCUACUGAUGCAUCAUAUAAUAUGGCAGUGUAUGAAGAUUCUAGUUUGGCUGUACAAGGGGCUACAUAUGAGACUAAGCCAGGUGUUGAAGCAGGAGCUGCUAGUGAGAAUGCAGAAGCUGCUGGGAAUUCAUCUUUGGCGCCACCACUGUCUGCUGGUUACAAUUCUUCUGCAAAUGGAAAUGUCGGUAGUGAAACAGGAAUAACACCGACUGAGAAUGGUACUGCUGCUAAUUUUGCUGGAGAAGCUGCUGCUGGGCAACAGUUUGCGCAUGAAUCAGAGGCACCAAUGUCAGCUGAAGAAGAGCGAUUGUGGAGUAUUGUCAAGGCUAAUUCCUUGGACUUUGAUGCAUGGACUGCCUUGAUCGAUGAAACAGAGAAGAUGGCAGGGGACAAAAUAUUGAAAAUUCGAAAAGUAUAUGAUGCUUUUUUGGCUGAAUUCCCAUUGUGUUAUGGUUAUUGGAAGAAGUAUGCAGAUCAUGAGGCACGUGUUGGUUCAAUGGACAAAGUAGUGGAGGUAUAUGAACGGGCAGUUCUGGGGGUGACAUAUUCAGUGGACAUAUGGUUGCAUUAUUGCAUAUUCACCAUAAGCACAUAUGAAGAUCCAGACACCAUCAGAAGGCUUUUUGAGAGAGGAUUAGCAUAUGUUGGAACAGAUUAUUUGUCAUGCCCUCUCUGGGACAAGUACAUAGAAUAUGAAGAAGCGCGUGGAGAAUGGAGCCAUGUCGCCACAAUUUACACGAGGAUAUUAGAGAUUCCCAAUAAGCGGUUGGAUGAUUAUUUCAAUAGGUUUAAGGAUUUUGCCGCAAGUCACACUUUGUCAGAAUUAAGAACAACCGAGGAAGCUGCUGUUGUCGCGGUGCCUGCUGCUUCAGGGGGCGGUAACCAAGAAAAUGAGGGAGAAGUUUAUCAUGCUAGUGAACAAUCUUCUGAACCUGUAGUUUCUGGAUUAACAGAAGCAGAAGAGUUGGAGAAGUACAUUGCCAGUAGAGAAGAGAUAUAUAAGAAAGCUAAAGAGUUUGAUUCAAAGAUAUGUGAUUUUGAAAAUGCUAUUAGGAGGCCCUACUUUCAUGUGCGGCCUCUCAAUGUUGCCGAGCUUGAAAAUUGGCACAACUAUUUGGAUUUUAUAGAAAGAGAAGAUUUGGACAAGGUGGUCAAGUUAUAUGAACGAUGCCUAAUUGCUUGUGCCAAUUAUCCCGAGUAUUGGGUACGGUAUGUCUUAUGCAUGGAAGUUUGUGGGAGCAUGGAUCUUGCUAACAAUGCACUUGCUCGUUCAACUCAGGUAUUUGUCAAGAGACAGCCAGAGAUUCACCUUUUUGCUGCCCGUUUUAGAGAGCAGAAUGGAGACAUACCAGGUGCCCGAGCUGCAUACCAACUUUUACACACUGAAACUGCACCUGGUCUUCUUGAAGCAGUUGUUAAGCAUGCAAACAUGGAAUAUAGGCUGGGAAACCUCAAUGAUGCUUGCUCUUUAUAUGAGCAGGCCACAGCUAUCGAAAAAGGAAAAGAGCAUUCUCAGGUGUUACCAAUGCUAUAUGCACAAUAUUCCCGAUUUUUGUAUUUGGUUUCUGGCAAUUUGGAUAAGGCUAGAGAAAUUCUAGUUGAAGCACUUGAGAAUGUCCAAUUAUCAAAACCACUUCUUGAGGCCUUCAUACAUCUUGAAUCAAUUCAGUCACAACCAAAGCGAAUUGAUUAUUUAGAUUCUUUAGUGGAGAAGUUCAUCGCAUCCAACACAGAUAGCUUUGCAAGUGCUGCUGAUAGAGAAGAACUAUCCUGCAUUUUCUUAGAGUUUUUGGGUAUGUUUGGGGAUGCACAAUCUAUUAAGAAGGCCGAUGAUCGGCAUGCAAAGCUCUUUCUACCUCAUAGAAGCAAGUCAGAGUUAAAGAAGCGCCAUGCAGAGGAUUACCUAACUUCAGAUAAGACAAAAUUAGCAAAACCUUAUGGUGAUGAUAGUUCACCUGCACAGUCCCUUAUUGGUGCUUAUCCUCCAAGUGCACAAAAUCAGUGGGCAGCAGGUUAUGGUGUGCAGUCUCAAGCUUGGCCACCAGCUACACAAGGACAACAGUGGACUCCUGGCUAUGGCCAACAACAGCAGGCUGCAUAUGGUGGUUAUGCAAACAGCUAUACUACUCCACAAGUGCCCACUUCUGCUGCACAAACAGCUACAUAUGGUGCUUAUCCUCCAACCUAUCCUACCCAGCAGGCUUUCCCUCAACAAAGUUAUGCACAACCUGCUGCAACAGCGGCAUUGGCUCCAGCACAGCAGCCAGCUGCUGUUCCUCAGCCCUAUUGUGGGAGUUACUACUAGCUGGCAGGACUUUUCCGGUCAUCAACGAUUUCCAUGGUUUUGUAUGGAACACAAGGGUAUGGUGUAGCAGAAAUGAAUGAAUGGAGGUGGGGGAUGAAGGAACAAGCUAUUUAUUUUCUCUAGUCACUAUAGCGGCAUUGUAGUUAGUCUUAACAAUUUUUUUCUUUCUAUUUUUGAUGUAUUUUUAGUGUUAGUUUUCAACAGUUUUUUCAUAAGGUAGCCUGGAGUUUAUAUAUUGAUACUGAAAUGAUAAUGUGGGAAAAAAAGAUUUAGUUUGAAA